AUGGCGCCUAAGCGGGACGAGACGUGGAAAGACCACUGGAAGUGCUUCCUCGCCUGUGGCAUCAUUGUGCUUUCGCCGUUCCAAUAUGGCGUCGACUUUGGCCUCAUUGGCGGCUUGCAGGCCAUGCGUGGUUUCCUGGAGAUCUACGGCCACGAAGCACCUGGCACACCGCUCGGAUGGAACCUUGACACGGUCCGACAACAGCUCAUCUCCUCCCUCAUGACCCUCGGCGCCUUCAUCAGCUCUGGGACAGCUGGCCUCGUGGCAACAUAUGUUAGCCGGCGACAGUGCCUCUGGAUUGCCUGCCUUGGCUGCUGCGUGGCAAACAUCCUGAUGAUGGCCACCGAACACAUUGGCGCGCUCUACGCUGGAAGAUUCCUCAUCGGGUUGGCGAACGGCUACUUCAUGACAUUUUCGCAGCUGUACAUCCAGGAGAGCAGCCCGGCACGGUAUCGCGGAUGGUUUCUCACCGCCUUCCAGUUUUUCACAUCUUUUGGCACCCUCAUUGGUACCAUCAUCGACUGGGCCACCGCUGGCCGGCCCGACAAGUCCGCCUACCUUAUCCCGCUCGGCAUGAUCUACAUCGUCCCCGCCAUCAUGGCCGUCGCCCUCUUCUUCAUCCCCGAAUCGCCCCGCUGGCUGAUCCUUACGGGCCGAUAUGAGGAGGGCGUCAAGUCGCUGCGCUGGCUGCGCCCCGUGGACGCCGACCCCGACGCCGAGGCCACCGAGAUCAAGGCGGCCAUCGACAGGGAGAUGGAGCUUGCCGGCAGUGUUUCCGUCAUGGACAUGUUCACCAACCCCAUCGACAGGCGGCGGACUGCCCUCGCCGUGUGCGCCGUCACCCUACAAGCUGCGUCCGGGUCCAUGUUUAUCAUUGCUUACAAGGCCUACUUCCUCGGCAUGUCCAAGGUGGCCAACCCCUUCGGCAUGAGCAACAUCCUCAGCGCGAUGGGCAUCCUGGCCAUCCUGUUCAACUCGCUCAUCGUGGUCCGCUACGGCCGCCGCCGCGUCAUCAUCAUGACGGGCCUCGCCCUCUGCGGCCUCUUCCAGCUAAUUAUCGCCGUCGUCUACAAGACCCACCCGGGCACCACCUCGACGGGCCAGGUCCUCGUCGGCUUCACCUGCAUCUACAUGAUGAGCUACAACGGCAUGAUCGCCACCUACGCCUGGCUCGUCGGCGGCGAGAUCCCCUCCCAGCGCCUGCGCAGCUACACCUUCGGCCUGGCCGCGGCCGUCGGCUUCUUCUUUGCGUGGUUGACCACCUUCACGGCGCCCUACUUCAUCAAUCCGGAGUCGCUCAACUGGGGCCCGCAGUACGGCUUCAUCUGGUUCCCGUCGUGCGUCAUUGCCGCCGCCUGGGUCUGGCUGUUCUUGCCCGAGACCAAGGGGCGCACGCUCGAGGAGAUUGACGAGAUGUUUGAGGCGAGGUUGCCCGCCCGCAAGUUUAGGAAGCAUGUUUGUGUGGGGCAUACUGCUGCUGCGGCUACGCAGGCGAAGGAUGGGGAGAGGCCGGCUUCGUCCGAGAAUGAGAAGGCGAUGAGUGAUAUCAAGGUUGAACAUGCCGAGGAGAAGGCUUGA